UUGUUUAGAUGGGUUGGUUUAGUUCUUCAGAUAGCGGGGCAUCGUCCUCUAGUUCUGGCAGUUCCGUGGGUCUCAUGGGACGCGCGGAAGCCUUCCAGAAAGAGGUGGACGCCAUGCUUGGUGAGGUAACUCGUAUGAGCCUACCUCUCCAGAAAGGCGCUUUUGAAUGUUGUGUGCGUUGUUUUGACACUGGUGACGAUAAUCUCGAGAAGAUUGGUGACUGUGUUAAGCAGUGCCAGGAACGCCCGGAGCGUUUUGGUAAUGCUGUUCAGACAGAGUUGAACCAGCUUCAGGAUGCUCUUUUAAGUUGCCAGAAGCGUUGUGUGGAAAAGUACUCGAGCAAGGGCUCAGGUGAUACCGAAUCAGCAUCAGUUUCUAUGGAGAGGUGUGCCGUUCAGUGUUAUGACAGCAAUGAAGGUUUAUUAAGGGACAUAUCUAGUCGUCUGAAGAGCUUACACCGCAAUUUUUAGUACCCGCGCGACGUGCUU